AUGGCGCUGAGGGGGGUCUGGCAGCUGCAGAAGCUCGUGGUAAAUUACUGUGAUUGGGGAGGGAGCAGCAGGGGCAUCAGGGCCUUCAUGGAGGCACAUCUUCCAGCCUUUAAGGAAAAGAAUCCACACUUAGAAGUGGUGGCAGAGGUUGUCCGCGGUCAACAUCCUAACUUGAAGGGAAUUUACAAAAACCAUAACGAGCGAGUGGUCUGUGUGAGAAAUUUACCGCCAGAAGAAAUACUCCUGCAAGCCACGAGGCUAAGGAACUCCCUGGGCAGGAAAGUGGUGAAACUGCGAACAAGACACGCGGGCGAGAUCUUUAUGGCGACGUCGUUCGACCGCUGGGAGAAGGACCCCUUCUUCCUCGCCGCCGAGGAGGUCCAGGAAUCCGCCGAUCGGAUGGAGUUGGUGUAUAGGGUAUGGGUGCAGGAGAGGAGCGGCGGCGAUUCGGAGGGGGCAAGCGUCAGUGGAGGCCCGUCAGCUGCGGAGCUUCGCCGCGAGCUGCACACGGCGCUUGGCACCGCCAAGUGGCAGCUUGAUGAACUGUCGCGGGCAAUCAGAUCGAACGACCUGGUUAUCUCAGCAGGAAAAGACACAAGAGCUAGGCAUGAUGACUUUGUUACAGCAAUUGGCUAUCGAAUAUUAGAGGUCGAGAAAAACUUGAAAGAAUCCAAUGUUGCAGAGGGGAGGGGGCCGUUGAGCUGGGUUCAUUUGGAUGAGGAUGAACGGGACGACCUUGCAGCUUUCCUAUCUGCCAGUCCUUUUCAACAGAAAGACAAAGUGGUCACAAUUCCUUCAGCAGGUGAUAUUGAAGUGGGCAGCAAUGCAGCAAGGAUGAAAAAUGAUAUAUCAACUGACAGCUCCAAGGAUUCAGCUGGUUCCACGGAUUUGAUUUCAGCAAGAGCAAAGGAAGAUUUGCAUCGUGGGCACAGAAGAGCAGCUAGUGCCAGUGCUGAUAUAGGCUCAUGGAGCAUGUCAAUUCCUAACGAAUGUGAAGGAACUACAGAACAAUUAUCUGAUGGCUCAGACAAAAUGCCUUUGCUCAAGAUAGUGAAAACAUGUGCUUUGACGAGUACCGUGCAACCUAAGCCUAGAACGAAGUGUAAAAAUGGAGCUGUUAGGUGGGCAGGCGUUAACCAACAGGAUGUUGAAGAGGCUAUCCCUCUGAGUACUUCUCAGUUGAGUCAGGGUUUAGAGGGAUGCUUUGAAAGGAACAAGAGUUGCUUAAGUUCCUGUGAUGAGCAUACAUACAAUAAGAAGCUUUAUGGUUGGCUCGGAGCCCUUCAUAGACAACUUCAAAGAUCUCAGUAUCAGAUUCGAUAUGGGCAUCCUAUUCAAUUGAUUCUUUUGGCACUUGCUGCUCUUGUAAUCAGACAUCUUCAGGGCAAUCCUUGCAUCAAGAUUGCUUCUGUCAUACUUGGAUAUUCUGAAUGGUGCCCUGAACACUUGAUGCACCUCGAGAACUCAAUCCUCCGUGGUGGCUGGUUGGCACCUAUGUACUGUAAUGGUCCCAGCAUAAAUUAUUGGUGCAGUGGGCUGGUGAUCAUGCUGCUAGCAACCGAAAUUGCAAGACUUGUAUCAUUCAUCAAUGCUAUUGCUUUUACUGCCUGA